AUGUCAAAAGACUAUCGGAAGUUGAUUGUACAGCGGUUGGAAGAUGUGAAACAGAAAAAUAAGAAAAUCGCGGUUUUCUAUGAUAAUUACUCAAAACUCUCCGCAGCAGUAGAAAAACGUCAUAAGUAUGACUCAACACGCUCUGAUGAGAAUCUCAAGGAGAGUGAAGAAUUCGCGCGAGUAAAAGAGGAAAUGGCAGAGUUGUAUCGAUCGAAAUGUCAGAAUGAUCAGCGGCUCAUCAACGCGAAUCAUUCUAUACUGAGUUUCGAGAAGAAAACAAGCGCUUUACUGGCUGAGAAAAAAUCGCUAGAAGAACAGUCUCAAAAAAUAAGUAGCAAAUAUGCUACUGCGAAAGUUGAGAUUCAGAAAUUUUUGGUAGAUAAUGAGCAACUAAAUGAUGAGAGAAUAGCUACAAAUAGUACUGUAACUGCGCUCACAAAACAAAUCCAGGAAAUGGAAAAUGAUAGAAUCCAAUUUCUUAACAAAAUUCGACAGCUCAACGAGACACGAAUCGAUUUGCUCAACGCAGAGGUAGCGAUGGAAGAGAGGAAGCGCCACUCAAAAAUGCAAGAAAUGAUAAUAAAGGCAGUGGAAGAAGUCACGGAUACUGAUUUGAAAUUAGACGCAAUGCUGAAAGCGAUGCCCGCGACUAAUUCUAAUGGUGACUUACUCCUUGGCGAUAGUAUUCCUUCGAGAGCGGAGUUCACUUUUGAAUGCGAUGAAGGAGAAGUAAAUGAUGUAAGAUGGCUCGACGCGGAAACGUUUGCAACUGGAGGAUCAGAUAGGAAAAUAAAAGUGUGGAAAACGGAUGGACAUGGAGGUCAGACACGGAUAGAAACAUUAUCUGGGAGUAACGCAUCAUUCACCAGGAUCGAUUAUGAGAGAGAUAGAAAAUUGCUCAUCGCAUCUUCAAACGACAAAAAUGUGCUGGUGUGGAACCUGGACACCUCUCGUCUGAUGAGCACGCUAUCUGGUCAUGCCGAUCAAGUUACAUGUGUCAAGUUCUACCAAUCACACUCUGCUGUGUCUGGUAGUGCCGACAGAAUUAUAAAGAUUUGGGACCUCCAGAACCAGAGAUGCAGUCUGUCAUUGUUCCCUGCGUCGAAGAUCUUGGAUGUGGCAACAAACUUAGGUGGAAGCCCAUCAUUAUUUGCCUCCGGACACUUUGACAAGAAGCUACGUUUCUAUGAUGGAAGAUCGGUGGAACCUGUGAAGACUGUGGAGAUGGGAGGACGGAUCACAUCGUUGGACGUCUCUAUGAAUGGGUGUGAAUUGCUAAUCUCCACUCGAGACGACACAAUUUCAAUGUUGGAUCUACGCACCUUCCAAACUCUUCACUGUUAUAGCGCUGAAAACUACCGUACCAGUUCGGACACAUCACGAGUCAUUCUCUCUUCUGGAAACGAGUACGUAGCUGCCGGAAGCUCGAAUGGCUCCAUCUUCAUUUGGAAUAAACACAGCGCCAAACUCGAGAAACGACUGACAAGCAGUUCUGAAAAUGCCAUCUUCUCUUUGUCCUGGAACCCGACCGGAUAUGGUCUGCUCUCUUCCAGCAAACAAAAAGUUGUCACCCUCUGGAAGUAA